UUUGAAGAAUUUCUUUUUCUCAGAUUGAUGAGUUCGACCACCGUUCCCCAUAGAAUCUGGAUUACAGUCUUCUGAUAUCCAUUGUUCCUAAACCCUAUAGCGGAGCUGCUGUGCAAUAACAUCUCCAAUCGAGCUAUAGCGUUAUUCUGUGGUGGUGUUCGCUUUUCACCGUGUGCUGUGAUUUACACUUUUCGUUGCUGCUUGUAUCUUUGUAUUCAACCCGUGUCCCUAGUUGCCCUAGAACCGUCUGCAUCUGGCUGCUAAAUUGAAAACAUGUCAUCUUCCGUCCACUUCAAGUUCAAGUCCCAGAGAGAGCCCUCGAGGGUAACCUUUGAUGGCACCGGUAUCUCCGUGUUCGAAUUAAAACGGGAAAUCAUCAGUCAGAAUAGACUAGGUGAUGGAACAGAUUUCGAAUUAUCCAUUUAUAAUGAGGAUACGGGAGAAGAAUACGAUGAUGACACAACAAUCAUACCACGUUCUACGUCUGUCAUAGCUCGCAGGUUGCCCGCAGCGAGGCCUGGAAAAGGCGGUGCAGCACGUUAUGUUUCCGGGAAAAUGCCAGUCAAUGCGCGCAGUUCUGCUCGUACUGAUAUCUCGUCCUCGAGCCGUACUGCCAGCGGGACUGGUAACAUAACCAGCAAUGGUGUGUCGGAGCUUGAUAACGCCCAGACAGAGGAGGAGAAGAUCAAGGCACUUUUCAACCUUCAAGCAAAUCAAUGGAAAGAGCAACAACAAGAAAUGGCCAAUGCCACACCUGUCGCCUUUGGGCGCGGUAGAGGGAAGCCAGUGAAUGUUCCCGACCAUCCUCCGCCUCCAGGAUAUCUCUGUUACCGAUGUAGAGAAAAAGGACAUUGGAUCCAAGCUUGCCCUACAAAUAAUGAUCCUAAGUUUGAUGGGAGGUAUAGGGUCAAACGAUCUACUGGUAUCCCUCGUUCCCUCCAGACGAAAGUUGAGAAGCCGGAUUCUCUCGCUCUGGAUGGUUCUAAUGAGGAGAUAAAGAGCUCCGGGGUCAUGGUGAACGCUGACGGAGACUUUGUGAUUGCUCAGCCUGACAAAGCUGCCUGGGAAUUGUAUCAGGAAAAGGCGAAGGCUUCGGCAGCUGCAGCCGCCGAAGCAGCCGCUGCGGAGGGCAGCAGAGAACUGCAGGCUAGGGGUCUGGAAUGCCCGAUUGAUAAGCGGAUGUUCUUAGAACCAACAAAAACCCCGUGUUGCGGGAAGACGUAUUGCAAUGACUGUAUCACAAAUGCUUUGAUUGAGAGUGACUUUGUGUGUCCUGGAUGUUCUUCAGAGGGCGUGCUGCUUGAUAAUCUUUCUGUUGACGAGGAUGCCGUCGCAAAGAUCAAAUCGUACGAAGCCGAAAAGGCAGAGAAAAAAGAGAAAGAAAAAGAAAAGCAACAAUCUGCGCGCGACGCGCAACCGCAUGAACAGUCAGAGAAAGAACCCUCUAAGUCUCCUCAGGCGAAACAAACGUCGUCCCCAAGUUUGUCAAAUGGUCCUACAUCAGCCCAGGCAAAGAAGAGACCUGCUGAGGAUGAACCUGGCAAGCAGGAUGGUUCACCGCGCACGGACUCGGUACCCAUGAAGAAACAGAAAUCGGAAGAUCCCAAGGCACUGGUUGACAAAACAGAGUCCCAGUCAAAUAAUCCCAUGAAUGCCUUCCCUCAGUUGCCAUUUGAGCAGGCCUCUUUCGGUGGUGCUGGGUUUAUGCCACCCCAGGGCAUGGCGGCAAUGCCCUUCGCCCCUGAGAAUGGUUUUAUGCCAGCAGCUAUGGGCUUCAUGAACCCGAUGAUGUUCCCAGGUGGAAGCGGCUAUAUGGGUAACAUGGAUGCGGGAUGGAAUCAGAUGAACGGCAUGAACUUUAUGUCUCAACAAAACCGGAUGUAUAACGGCAACAUGAAUGCUCCUAUGCCAAAUCACCCUUUUGGGCCGAACAUGUACAACGGAAUGGGCGGCGGCCCAAUGGGUAUGGAAGCCAUGGGACAGAUGGGAAACCAGAUGCCGCCUCAGUCAACUUUCCCACAAGGAAUGGGGAUGGACGCCUUCACUAAUCAGCAGCGAACUGCAUUUGGUGCUCCCUUCUCUCGCGAGGAGGAUAACGCGUAUUUCCGCCAACCCGUCAACCCUCACCGGCACCAGGCAAGGCAGCGAAGAGUGCGACCAAGCGAUUAUCGAGAGCUGUGAAGUGAUGCCGUUCUUGGAGCGCAUAUCGGAGUUGGUUUGGUUGCGACCUUUUAUUAUCCUUCGAUCGGUCUCGGCUGCAUGAUUCUUUUGAUUUCGAGCGUCGGGACGUACAUGUACAUGAUC